CCGCUGCGGCUCAGAGGUCCCUUGCCAGGGCGGCGACGCGCGCGCCUCUCGGCUGUGCUGCCGCGCGAGCGCUGGUCCGUCACCAGGCCAUCCGCGAGGCGACUCGGGCGGCCAGCCUCCAAGAAGGAGAAGGGGCGGCCGAUGGGCAACAAGGUGUGCAGACAUAACAGGGUGAUCCUGACGUCGGACAUCGCACUGCACUUCAAGUCCUCCAACCUGGUGCGGGACGUGCUCCCCAUCAUCGAGCGGUGGCAGCUGGAGGGGUCCGACAUGUGCCUGACCAUCCCGACCUUCAAGGAAGCGUUCGACGUGGUCAGCGACGCCUCCGCUGAGCAGCAGUUCAGGGUCUUCGACACCAAGGGGACGGGGAAGGUCGACGCGUGCCAGGUGUUGAUGGUGUACAUCUUCUUGUCGCAGGGAGACCUCGCGCGCAAGGUCGACGCGGUGUUCUCUACGUUCGGCUUCGAGGGUUCGCAGGGAGCGCACGGCUCCAUCAGCUUCGACGAAGCAAUCAUUAUGCUGACCGCGUGUAUCCAGGGCACGCAGAAGGUCUGCCAGACGGAUUUCGAGAUUCCCGACAACGAGAUCCCAUACCACUGCAAGUCGCUAUUCGACCUGCACCGCCUCAGCUACGACAAGAGGAUCGCGAGAAGCCAAUUCGAUGAGUGGGUGUGGAACGACCCAUCGCCCCGGUCCAGCCUUCUUGCAGGGGAUGUUCCACGAUGCGCAGGGCUUGCCUGA